GAAAGUUAGUGUAAAGAGGAAGGUGAUUUGCAAUGAGAAGACCCUCUGACACUACUUAUUAAACAUGGGCUGCUGCUUCAGUAAAGAAUUGAGUAACAGCACGAGUGAGGAGAAAACCAGCUUGUUACGAAAGUCUGUGGAAGAGGAAGCACCAAAGUCAAGGAUAAGUAAAACUUUAUCUUCAAUUUUUGGAACUGUGGAAAGCCAGGACCUGCAUACAGUGGGAAGGACAGUUAACGGGGCAGCUGCGACUGUCGGCAUUGAACGUGUUUGUAGUGAUGAAUGUGCAGCAUCAGAUUCUAAUUCUGGCUUUUGGGGUAGAAAAGCAAAAUAUUCGUCAUAUAACAGCAUGGGGAAUACUCCCCAUGUGAGCUCUAGGAGGACCUAUGGCAGACCUUUUAGCUUCUUUAAUUCCUUUAGUCACCUCUUGAAAGUCUCUGGUACGUACGGAAAUCUACAGAGAAGCGAAGAAAAGAAAGAUAAGAUUAUUAAUAAAAGAACACCUAACAAACCUAAUAGUAAUGGUCAGCACGUGAACAAUGUAGAAAAUAAUAAUAGCAAUGUUAAUAAUGAAAAUGUGGCUGCACAAGAGCAUUGCUUGUUUGAUCAUAUUUCUAAUUCACGUGUACCAGAUAUCCUAGACAAAGACUUACAGAGUGAAAUUUCCUUAAAUAGAAAUUCUCUCGAGGAUUAUGCAGUUACAUGUGACCAUUCAAGGCAAAAUGGAACAACAGUAAAUGUUGAAGACAGCAGGAGUGACAGCUUACAGAAAAUUUCGAGUUCAUAUAGAGAGAUGUCUCCAACAUUUUCCUGUCUUGAUGUAGACAGCAGUCAAAAUGUGAAAGACAAAGAGUUUUACAGCAUUUGUGUUGUAGAUGCUGACGAUCUGAAAGGGGAUGAAGAGGUGCCAGCUACUGUGCAUAAAGAGACUGCAGCAGACAUAGAUAACUCAGCUGUUACUGAUGAAGGAAUGUGCACCAUGGCACGACCUCUAGACAGAGGGAAGGAAUUUCCAGUGCAGCAAUUGGCACAAGUGGAAGCUAAGUUUAAUUCACAGAAAGAACUGUUUGAGUAUAGAAAAGAGGCUAGAUCAAACAUGGAGAAAAAAGAUACAAGGGAAUAUUGUAGCCUAGACAUCCAGUGUUCUUUUGAUAACUUAGUGACUGACAGGUGUCAGGUGCAUAGGUUAAAUACUGACAGUACAGUAACAGAUGUCUUAAGAGCAAAAGUGCCUAAUGAAAUCAUCCCUGAGAAUCAGCAAGAGGAGGUAUAUACCAUGGGUACUGCUGCUAGUUGGAAUGAAUCAGUGCAUACAGCUUGUGAUUCCAUAAAGCCUGUGGAUGCUGCUGGAGAGGACCAAUACAGCCCUAACUCAGAAAAGGUGAAAAACAGUGAUCAUAUUUCCAGCGUAUUGUUAAACACUGGAGUAUCUAAUUCAGGAAAAACUGAGGGAAGUAAUCAUUCUGAUGUUGUACCACUUGUUGUGCCACUGAUCAGGCAUCCCUCAAGUGUUGUAGAGCUUAUAAAUAGUAAACAGGUGGUAGAGAAAAUGGGGGGUAACUUUGAAUUAUCGUUAGAGUUGCAUGGAAUGGGCAGUGUAGAAAAACUUGAUGAAGAAGUCUGCUUUCUAGAGCCAGAAUGUGAAAUAAAUUCAAAUGUGGAAAAGAAAACACUUGAAAAAACAUACGGUGAUAGCCAAACAUUUUCAACGGACUCUAGUGAACAUCACAGUAAUUUUGAAGAGCCCUUGAAAGAGGAUGAGAAAUGCACAGGUACAAUUUUGCACAACUGUGAAGCUUUGAACGUGCCUGAAAUGCAGCUAAACCUAGUGGAAGGUUCUGAUUCUCAAACUCACAUUAAGGGCUGCACUGAAAUCAAGGCAUCAUCUGAAGCUGCAAUCCACAGUGGCGUGGAGGAAGAUACCUGUGUAAGUGCCACUGAACUAAAAGGUGACUUGCUUGAGGAAACUGGUGACUUGAGCAGAACUAGAUCAGGAGUAAGUGAUGUCACUGUGUCAUCUCAUGCACAUAAUCCAAGCACAGAUGACAUGUUCCUAAAGGAAAACAGCCUAGAGUGUCAGGUUUCACAAGAGUCGCUGGAGAAUAAAGGUGAAGUAUGCAAAUACUCAAAUUCAGGUGGUAAAACCGGUGUCUCUUCUGUGUCUGUGGAAUGUGAGCAUGUGAAUAAAAUAGACAUGAACAGCAGACAAGAUGAACAGCAGGAGGUAUGUUCCUUCCACACAGUGGAAAAUCAAUGGAGUGCAGAGACUGAGUCAGCCAAAAUAGCUGGGCAUGUAGUAGAAUCUGUAGAACAGACAAAAUUUGAAGGUCAACUAAGUGAGUCCAUUGAUAACAAGGCAGAAAAUGUAAAACAGAAUCUGGAUGUUAACAUUGCUGGUUGUGAUAAAGGCAUCUUCAAUUGCAGUAAAGGCUUGGCUGACAGUCAGAGUGCUCCUUCUGACUCCACUGUACCUGCAGCCAUAGACAGUUGUAUGUACAGGAGUGUAAAAUUAAAAGAUGCAACUAAAAAUCUGGAAGAUGCCAGUAAACUCUUAAAUAAAGACCAUAACUUUUUGCCUUCAUUGUGUCAAAAUGCAUGUUAUCAUGAGCAUCACAAACCAGCAGAAGAGCCUGAGUUGUGUCAGUGUGCCAGUCCAGAGCCAGAAGUUGGGAACACUCCAGUUUCUGUUGGGCCUUUUACUGAAGAAAAAUCAGAAACUCAUGAAAAAAGUAUGUGUGAUGUAAAUGAAUGUAAUCUUCAGGAUAGUGAAGUAUACCAGAGUGUCAGCAUGCAUGCAGAGGAGAGCCUCACUGGUUUUGGUUUAUCAGCUGAGAACCUAGAACCUUUUACCAGGGGGAAUUUGAAGCAAGCCAAGACUACUGAACUGAAAAACACCAGUUACAUAUUAAAUACUCAGAUGAAUGACUUCACCACAAGCUGGGAACAGAUGCAGCCAGAUCACAAGAUUUUCUCAAACAAAGAGCUUGGAGUUUGUGUUGACCCAAAGCAGGUAGACAAAUAUGCUGCUACUCCUUCCUAUGAAAUACCCAGUGCCUCUCCUGGUGCAGCAGGAUUUCAGCAAGGCGGAGAGCAGAGCGUGUCAAGUCUGAUGGAAGAUGGAUCGAGUGACCGCAAGCAGUCCUAUGACCUGGACAGAGAAAAUCCCCACGUUGAAAUGUGGUCACAUUUCAUCAAUCUUCAGACUGGCAAUGCUGAUUGGACAAAUCAGCUGCUUUCUGACACGGUUCCUUCUGGUAAUGGUGAAUAUCUAGUGGGCUUUUUAUGGAAUAAUGCAGCUUCUAAUGCUACCAUGAAGAAUGACAGACUGUGUAUAGUUAAUGAAAACUUCCAGAAUGAACGUGAAAAUUUAACAAGUGCUUCAUAUGCAGUGGAAACAUACCCAUAUCAGUUGCUAGCACCAGAAUAUGCUGGUACAUGGGGAUGGCACAACAAAGAUGAACUUGAGUCAACCAAGGUUUCUGAGUUGAACCCCAAUGCAAAGGUGUGGGGAAAUCAUAUGUUACACUUGGAAGCAAGUGGUGCCACUGAUGGUAGCGUGAGCAAAACGUGGGAAGAAAUACCUGACCAGCCUCCAGAUUCUUGUAAAGAAGGACUGGACGCCAAUGGCGACGGCGACAAGAAGCAUCAGAGCGCGGUGCUGACAGAGCUGCCGGAGCCCUGCCCAGCUGUUCCGGGCUCAGAGCACUCGGACAUGAACCCUUUGGCUCUCGAUCAUUCCGACUAUGAGUCUGUGCACGAAACCGCCCAGACAGGUGGAAACGAACAGUUGCAGCCAGAAGGUCAGGAAGAUUUACGAGAAUUACUGAAAAAGACACUGGAGUUCUGUUUAUCUAGAGAAAAUCUUGCCAGUGACAUGUACCUUAUAUCACAGAUGGACAGUGAUCAGUAUGUGCCAAUAAUGACAGUAGCAAACCUUGAUCAUGUCAAGAAACUCAGUACUGAUAUGGAUUUGAUUGUUGAAGUGCUGAGAUCGUUGCCUUUAGUUCAGGUGGAUGAAAAGGGGGAAAAAGUUCGGCCAAAUCAGAAUCGCUGUAUUGUGAUUUUACGUGAAGUACCUGAAUCUACUCCCAUUGAAGAGGUUGAAGCACUUUUCAAAGGAGACAAUUUGCCUAAGUUCAUCAACUGUGAGUUUGCCUAUAAUGACAAUUGGUUCAUCACAUUUGAAUCGGAAGCUGAUGCACAGCAGGCUUACAGAUACCUUAGAGAAGAAGUGAAGACUUUCCAAGGAAAACCAAUUAAGGCAAGGAUAAAAGCAAAGGCAAUAGCUAUAAACACAUUUUUGCCAAAGAAUGGAUAUAGACCUCUGGAUAUGAACCUCUACACGCAGCAGCGCUACACAACAUCCUUUUACAUACCUCCAGUAUACAGUCCCCAGCAGCACUUCCCACUGUACAGCUUAAUUGGCCCACAGACCUGGUCAGCCACGCACAGCUACCUUGACCCUUCAUUGGUAACACCAUUUCCAAAUACUGGAUUUAUCAAUGGAUUCACAUCUCCAACCUUCAAGCCUGCUGCUUCUCCACUGACAACACUCAGACAAUACCCUCCCAGAAACAGGAAUCCUAGCAAGUCACAUAUACGACAUACAAUACCCAGUGCAGAAAGGGGACCUGGGCUUCUAGACAGUCCUACAAUAUUCAACUUUUCUGCUGAUCGUUUAAUCAAUGGCGUCAGGAGUCCACAGACACGGCAGCCGGGACAAAGCAGGACACGGGUGCAGAGUGCCACCACCAGCUACACCAAGAGGGAAGUGGGGACUGGGCGGAUGGAACAGACCAGCGUGGACUCGUCCCCUGGACUGGGGAGAGGAAGGAAAAACUCAUAUGGCUACCGAAAGAAAAGGGAGGACAAGUUUACAAGAGGCCAAACACAGUCUCCACCACCCCCUAAACCUCCAUCUCCCAGCUUUGAAUUGGGGUUAUCUAGCUUUCCUCCAUUACCUGGGGCUGCUGGCAAUUUAAAGACUGAAGACCUGUUUGAAAACAGACUGUCCAGUGUGGUAAUAGGAACGUCAAAAGAAAGAAACAUUAAUGUGGAUGCAAGUACAAACACUAUUCCAUCAGGAAUUCCUCGAGAGCCGUUACCAGUUUCUUCUACAUUGCCCAGGACCUUUGAAAGGUCUCCUUCGCCACCCCAGCCUACUGAGGACUCCAAAGUUGUGGAAAAACAGCAGAGAGAGACACAGAGUACAGAAAGACUUUCUUCUUCCACACUGAGUACUGCAUGUAAAUCGGUACAAGUCAAUGGGGCUGCCAUAGAACUGCGAAAACCUAGUUAUGCAGAAAUUUGCCAGAGAACAACUAAGGAUCCUCCUACAUUGCAACCCCAGAAAGAACAGAAGCCAAACACUGUAGCAUGUGGGAAAGAAGAAAGAAAGCCCACAGAAACAAUAGAGAAAAACAGAGAACCUCCUCCUGCAAAGUCACAUCCUGGACAACCCAAAGACCAGAGGAGACAGUCAGGACGCAGAUCGUCCCCUCCAGCCGUUGGCAAACGCUUAAAUAAAGAACAGAGUACCCCUCCAAAAUCUCCUCAGUGAAAAUAACACCUGGGAGGGAUUUGAGAAGAGGUCUGUUUCCCACAAAUUAAACCCAUGUUCCCACUAAGAUACCUGAGAAUGAGUUGCUGGUUAGGAGCUUGCAGUGAUACAAGGCAUGUAACAAUGCCUGCAAGUUAUUUUUCUGUGAAAUACUUUUUCCCCUCUUGAACAAACAUUCUAUUUUUCUGGGUAUUUCUGGAUAGUUGUUCUAAACCUUACAUUUAGAUUGGUGCUUAAUUGGAGGUGAAGC